ACUGACUGGUCUUUGUUGUUCUUGACUUGGGAGGGUCUGGUACACUGUCGGUUUUGGAGCUUCUUCCGCUUGUGCACAUUUGCUGUGUGGUGUGGUGAGCUUCUUGCGUGUACACACUCACACAGACAGACAGUCAGUCAGGCAGUCAUCCACACUCUUCAGCUGCCGCUGCUGCUCAUCUCCUCACAUUUCAUCUCAUUUUCUGAAUUUGUCUCAAAGCUGUCACUGCUGCCCUUCUGCAGCAGCCCUCGCCUGUUGGAGGGAGGCGUGGAGUGGAGGCUAUAUUUGUAGUUUUGUGAAAACCAGUGCGUCGGGGAAGUCAUCCUUCUGAAAGCUGUCUCUGUCUCUGUCUCCUCUUGGCAGGGAAGAAGUGGCAGCUGGAGCUGAAUUUAGCUUUCUGGACACCAGGGUGUUUGUAAAAGACAGGCUCCAUACUGUUAGCUGGUCCUAUCUUUUUGCCAUACAUCUCUGUAAAGGAAACGUAGCUGCCGAAGAGAAAGAAAUUUUGGAGUUCGUAUCAUUGAAGGGAUAAGGAUAUCGGAGUCCGUCAUUUAAUCACAGAGACAGGAAGUUCAGCUAGAAGCUAUGGAGGCUGGACUUUUGAUGUCCUCGUGCCAUGAGAGGACAUAUCAAUUGGUGACCUCUAGCUCGCAGCUGGGUCGACAUUCGCGAGCAACCUCUGAAGCGAGCUGUUCGUCUUCUUGCGUUCAGCUCUCCUGUAGCUCUCAAAUCAGUGGAAGGAGUAGCUCUUCAAGGCUAGCGGGGCAGAGGGUGGGCAAGCAGGGAAGAUAUGCACCUUCAGCGUUGAAUGUGAGAUGUAAGGAAUACCAAUUUAACCAAUUUAAGCUGCCCAAUCAGUCGAAACCCUCUGAUGCGAUGAAGAAGCCUGCAACUGGUGGUGCUGGAGGUCGUGUGAACAGAUUGCCGGGGAACAAUUCGUCACCCCAAGGGACAUGGGAUAAUCGCAAGCAGCAAGUAUCCCCGCCUGGAUUGGGGCAAUUUCGACCUCCGCCCAGUACCUAUGUACCUGAUGCAGAAGAAAGCGAAGAGGAUAGAAUUUCCUACCAGACUAGAAAAGCGGCUUUGUUUGAGAUGUUGAGUAGUGGUAUGGGAUCCUGGCAGGAAAGAGCCGUGUAUGUAAAAGAGGUGCAGCAGCUAGGGGUCACGUCAGAAGAACUUUACGAAUUUUCUUUCGUGGGAGUCGUGAAACAGACGGCUAUGGUGGUGGCUCUUCAAGUGUACGACUCGGUAGUUCAAUCUGGAGCUUCCGCCGAGACCUUGGAAUGGUAUGAUGAAGAAAGAGUAGAGACAUUGUACGCACUUAGAACAUUGUCUGCAGGUCAACGAAAGACGGCUGCUGAAUUUGUUGCAAAAAAUUCUUUGAACGUGGAGGAAGCACAAGAACUUGCCAAGGCAAUCAAAGACCACGAAAGAAGACCUCAGGGUCGAGAGGGAUUUACAACGGCGGCAGGAGAUUGCCUAGCGUACAUGUGCUAUCGAGGAGCAGUGGAGAGCAAAGAUGCAGAAGCAAGAAGUGCGUUUGUGGAAAGGGGCCUGCGAGUGGCCGAAACGGAUUCUGCCAGGCAACGAUUUGAAGUUGUAUAACGGAGGUUUAUAUAAUUUAUUAAUCAAUAAAGUGGAAAACAUGAGGAACGCUUCAGGGAAGUGUAUCGUUAUUUGAUUUGACCUA